UGUAGCCAUAGCAACAGGAGAACGCCGCGAGACUCGGAGCCAACAGAGAGAUGUUUGAUGUUUAACGUUGUUGCUAGAUUAUUUUUAUUUAGACUUGUUUGACCAUAAAACAGCCCGGGUUCGUGUUAGAUUUAAAUUCAGGUUAGCUGGGCGUCAUUAGCUGCAGAUAGAAGUAAACGGAAGCAAUUUUAAACACUUAAAACUGUUUUUUGUGAGUGACUUCUCGUUCUGUUAACUCGUUCCAGGAGAUAUCAAAACAUUUCGUGGGGCAAAAUUAGAUAAAUAAAAGAUGAACCGACAUUGUUCCCGUUUGCUGCUGAAGUGAGACGCUGAGGCAAAGACAAGUUCCCAAAUGGAUUCAGGCAAAGUUGUUCACAGAAGAAAACCGGACAUUCCUGUAAUAAGAGCAAAAGGAGCUGACAGGAGUCAACAUCUUCAGGAGGUCAGUGCAAAAAGUCUUGAACUCAGUAAGGUGAUUCGUCUUCUUGAAGAUCCUUUGACAGCUAACUUGAAGGAGAGGCACCUUUUUGUUCUGAAGAAACUACUGAAGAGAAGCCAAAUUGGCUUUCUGCUGAGGGAGCUGACAGGCAUAGCCAAAAUACUCAACAUCUGUGCUGAGAAAGUGAAGGAUCACCCUGAGUAUGUCCCCAUUUUGUGUGAGGCGCUUAAAAUCUGUAGGCUUCCCUUCCUGAAAGAGAGAGCAUCUGAUGAGCUGAACUACGCUCAGGACGUCAUAGAGUUCCUCUCCCACAUGGGGUGUCUGAUGAGGGUGUCAGAUGCUGAAGUGAGACAGCAGAUUGUCGAAUCUGUGAAAUCAUUCUACAGCGACGUGGCUCCUAAACAGAUGCUCGACGGGCUCCAGCCAACUUCUCAAGGCUACAGGUUGCAGCUGCUGGAGCUCAGUGACCUGGCUCAGACGCUGCUCCUCUCCAUGGCCACUCGUGGAGAACCAGCCAGCCAUCAAGCUGCAGCUCUUGCAGACCCUUCAGAUCCUUUCAGGCUCCUCUGAUGUGAACUGUGCUUUAAUACUGAAUGCACGAGGAGCAGAGACGAUCUGUCUUCACAUGAACGAGCCGGACCCGUCCGGUCAGGUACUUUUCCGCUCCUCAGAAAUCCUCUGGAACCUGCUGGAGAGAGGCAGC